UUCCACCCAUAGCCGAGAAUUAUCAGCAAAUUAAAUCUCAUAGAAGCCUGCCACCAACAACAAAAAAACCUCAUAGAAGCCAUGGUGAUCAUGAGCACUGCACGCUCUCACACCACCAAGGCAUCGUUUCUCCGUAUCGCUCUUCUCGCUUCGUCCAAUAGCUGGGCGAGACAUCAUUUUGCCUGGAAGAUUAAAUCUCUCGCGACCGUGCCGACCAAAUUCUCUGCAUCAUCUCUUACUUUGAACCAAUCGUUUCCUAAUCCUUACAAAACUAGUCUUCUUGGUGUAGCUUUUACAAGGCAAGAGACUUCCAAUUGGCAGCUACAGCAUAGAAGCAUCCACAGCUCGCCGAUCAAAUCUAAUCAACGGAUGUACGGGUAUAAUCAUAUCAAAAUGGACAACGUGGUAUCUGAUCACUUCCCAAAAUUUAGUGGAACAGUUUGUUAUAGAAUAUACACUCUUUGAUGAGGCAAAGAACUGGAUACACCAUCAAGAUACAAAGAAGAUGAAGUUAGAGGACCUUUAUACAG